AUGUUGUCUACGGGUCGACGGCUUCUGACUCGUCGUCUCCCGGCCUGGAACAACAUCCACGCCACCUCUAUUGCAAGAGGUGUCGUUCGUGAUCAUACCGCUGCUUUCUCCACGACCCGCGGCCCGCAUGCGACCGCGACUCCAUCCGACACUGCCAAAGCCCCGUCGCCAGUUGAUCAGUUCGCGAACGGAAAUAAUGCUUACUACGCUGAGGAGAUGUUCAGAUGCUGGAGGCAGGUGCGUCCUCGGAGGUAUCGUGCUUCGUAGCAGAUCUGGUUGGCGUUGACGCGCCGCCACCGAUGUACUCCACGCGGGCUGCCUGGCUGCUUAGUUCUGGCACUGACCGUGGCCGCGCCUUCUGACUUGAUUAACCCAGGACCCAUCGUCAGUACACCCUUCGUGGGCCACGUACUUUUCCGGGUUGGACUCUGGAUUGCGCUCCGAGGAUGCGUUCCGACCCCCCCCGGGUCUCGUCUCGCUACCCUCAACCGACGGCAACGCUCCUUUCAGUCUGGCCGGUGGGAACGGCUCAGGCCUCGUUGAAGAUCAUAUGAAAGUGAGUCUGUUUGAUGGAAGAGGGGUCCUCUCGUUAUCGGCGAUGUCAACGCUGGACGGUUCUCCUUAUGCGGAUGGCGGGAGGAUGGCCCGCACCAAGCCAUCGUAUCUGGCCUGACUCGACUGCACACAGUCCCAGUCAGAAGAGCCUGGAUUAUGUCGAUGCUCACCCGGAUCGAGAACGUGUUCUUCGCAGGUCCAACUUCUUGUUCGAGCUUUUCAAGUCCGUGGCCAUCACAUCGCAAACCUUGAUCCACUUGGGAUCAAUCAGCCCGAUCUCUCUUCGACCAUGCCGCCCGAACUCACAAUCGAGAACUACGGCUGGACCGAAAAAGAUUUGGACAUGGAGUUCGAACUGGGUGCCGGCAUUUUGCCCCGUUUCAAAGAGCAAGGAGUGGAGAAAAUGUCGCUGCGUAAGAUCAUCGACGCCUGCAAGCAAAUUUACUGUACGUCGAGUCGCCAAUGGACCUCGUUCUCGAUCUCGGAGCGCGCGUGACCGAUGACUGCCUAGCUGACUGUCCCAUUCCGACCACGACGCUUUAAUAGCCGGCUCUAUUGGCAUUCAGUACAUUCACAUACCGAACCGCGACGAGUGCGACUGGAUCCGUGAACGAAUCGAGAUUCCUGAGCCCUGGAAGUACACUGUCGACGAGAAGAGAAUGAUUCUUGAUCGGCUCAUCUGGUCCGACUCAUUCGAGCGCUUCAUCGCGUCGAAAUACCCCAACGAGAAGCGGUUCGGUCUGGAAGGUGCCGAAUCGAUGAUCCCGGGCAUGAAGGCGCUGAUCGAUCGUUCGGUCGAGCUGGGUGUGCAAUCGAUCGUUAUCGGUAUGCCUCAUCGCGGUCGCUUGAACGUGCUCGCCAACGUUAUUCGCAAACCGACGGAAGCAAUUUUGGCCGAGUUCGCUCCUUCGCUCGACCCGACUCAGGAAGCAGCAGCUGAUGUCAAGUAUCAUCUCGGCGCAAACUACGUUCGACCAACACCGAGUGGCAAGAAGGUCUCUCUUAGUUUGGUUGCGAACCCGUCCCAUUUGGAGGCUGAGGACGGCGUCGUAUUGGGCAAGACCAAGGGCAUUCAACACUUUGAAGGCCAAGGUGACCUCUCGAGCGCGAUGGGUUUGCUACUGCACGGCGACGCUGCUUUCGCCGGACAAGGCAUCGUAUACGAGACUAUGGGCUUCCAUGACUUACCGUAUUACGGCACUGGUGGAACAAUUCAUUUGAUCGUCAACAAUCAAAUUGGCUUUACUACCAACCCUGCUCAGGGGCGCUCGACACCGUACCCGUCCGACAUUGCCAAGUCGAUUGAUGCACCCAUCUUCCACGUCAACGGUGACGACCCCGAGGCCGUAACCUUCGUUUGCCAGCUGGCCGCGGAUUUCCGCGCCAAGUUCAAGAAGGACGUGGUCAUUGACCUCAUCUGCUACCGUCGACAUGGACACAAUGAAGGCGAUCAGCCUAUGUUCACGCAGCCGAAGAUGUACCAAGUAAUCAAGGACAAGCCAACCACGCUCGACGUCUACACGCAAGCACUGGUGGAAGAGUCGACAUUCACAAAUGAGGAGACGGAGAAGCACAAAAGCUGGGUUUGGGGGAUGCUCGAGAACUCAUUUGAGGCGAGCAAGGAGUACAAGCCGACGUCCAAAGAAUGGCUGUCGUCAUCCUGGGACGGUUUUCCCAGUCCCCGCGAACUGAAGGAGAAUGUGCUGGAGGCGCGCCCGACGGGCGUAGAGUUUGAUGUGUUAAGAAAGGUCGGCAAGAUCAUCUCUACUUAUCCAAAAGACUUCGAGGUGCAUCGCAACCUUGCAAGGAUUCUGAAGACGCGCGGAACGUCGGUUGAAGAUGGCAAGGGCAUCGAUUACUCCACCGCGGAGGCACUCGCAUUCGGAACUCUGGCUCUGGAAAAAACUCAUGUUCGCGUAUCGGGUCAGGAUGUCGAGCGCGGCACGUUCUCGCAGCGCCAUGCGGUGUUGCACGAGCAGAACACCGAUGCGCUCUAUAUGCCUUUGGCCCAUCUGUCUGAGGAUCAAGCCACUGUGACCGUCUGCAACUCGUCUCUCUCCGAGUUCGGCGUCCUAGGGUUUGAGUUGGGCUACUCGCUGGUUGAUCCGGCCCUGCUCGUCAUCUGGGAAGCACAGUGUGAGUGAAGAGAUUGUGAUCGCGUCGAUACAGUAAAGUUUGGCCCCGGCUAAUGUUCUUCCUUCUCAGUCGGAGAUUUCUCUAACGGCGCUCAGAUUAUGAUUGAUCAGGUCAGUGGAGUGCAGAUCUUCUCCCCACUUCAGACAUAUGCUCAGGACAUUAUUCGACCUGCUACUACUACAGUUCAUUGCUUCCGGUGAGAAGAAGUGGUUGCAGCGGUCUGGUCUUGUAAUGUCGCUACCUCAUGGCUACGAUGGCCAAGGGCCGGAGCACUCCUCGGCCAGGAUCGAACGAUUCCUUCAACUGUGCGACGACCAUCCAUUCCAUUACCCCACUUCGGAGAAGCAAGCUCGCCAACAUCAAGAUUGCAACAUGCAGCUAGUUUACCCCACGAUCCCUGUAUAUAUGCUUUCCGCACAUCGUUUAAGGUCGUUCAUUAUUUUGAGCUAACCUGCUGUUUUUGUCUACUUCGGCCAUAGUCCAACAUUUUCCACGCUUUGCGCCGCCAGAUUCAUCGUGACUACCGCAAGCCGCUCAUCGUCUUCUUUUCAAAGAACUUGCUGCGUCAUCCCCAAGCCCGCUCCUCGCUUGAGGAGAUAGGACCCGACACGCACUUUCAGCGGUACAUUCCCGAGCCGGAACCGGAAGGCUUUGGCACGGCGGAAGAUGUACAGCGCCACAUUGUAAGUGUUUAAAUGAGACAAAUCCCAUCUGCUCCCAUUGCUUGCAUGUUUACCUUGGACUGCCACAGCUCUGCUCCGGUCAAGUCUACUACGCUCUUUUGGCAGAGCGCGAAAAACGGGGCCUUCAAGCGAUUGUGGCGAUUUCGCGUGUGGAGCAACUGUCUCCGCUUCCCUACGAUCUUAUUACGCCGCAUUUGGAUAGGUAUCCCAAUGCAGGUGAGUUGUUCACUGCUAUGCCUUGGUGACAGCCAUGCUGACAGUGAUUUUACCGCCUCCCUCUGCAGUGCAAUACUGGGUUCAAGAAGAAGUGAGUACUUCUGGCGGUCAGGAAUGUCCUUGGCUGCUGCUUGCUGAUUAGAUCUUGUGGGUUACUGCUUUACUACGCGUGUAGCCGAUCAACGGAGGGGCAUGGCAGUACAUGCAGCCUCGACUGGAGACUGCCAUGCGUGAGACUGCGCAUCAUGCCUCAAAGCGAAUGUGAGUGGAUGGUGCACUUGUAAAGUCGGACCACCCAAUGAUUGACUGUGCAUAUCUCUCAUGGUGCAGCUAUGUUGCCGGACGCGAGCCUGUCUCUUCGGUUGCAACUGGUUCCAAGAAGCAACACUUCUACGAGAUUGAGCAAUUCAUGGAGCAAGCUUUCGACCUUUCAAAGCAUGCGCAAUCCCAUGGAUCGCAAAAGGCGCAUUAG